AUGUUCACGAAUGCGCAGCGCCAGGUCGAGCGCACCGGCCGUUCCGGAACUCCGCGAGACCAAUACCUUCAGGAUCUCGUGACCCAGUUCCAGAACGCCAUGGAUGAAGAGCCAAAUGAAAGGCUUGUCGAGUUCGGCAUUGGUGGAAUAUGCAACUCCUGUGUUGAUCCUGCAAAUGCUUCAAUCAUUACUCAGUGUGGCGGAAUCCCAUUGGUUAUACAAUGCUUAUCGAGCCCAGUGCGGAAUACUGUGACUUAUGCACUUGGGGCUUUGUAUUAUCUUUGCAACCCUUUGACAAAGAAGGAGAUAUUGAAACCAGACGUAGUUAGGACUAUAAGAGAGAGUGCUUCAGCUGGAGCUGUCAACACCAGCUUCAGCAAUCUGGCGAAUGCUUUCCUGGAGAAACAUGUUGAUCCAUGA